GUGAAAAGGCAUUGGCUUCCAGGGAUGUAAGAAAUAAAGAGAAUAGCAAUAGCCGUUAUUUAUAUGCAUGUUACUCCGUACCUCUCUGGCCUCGUGUCACUCUCUUUUUACCCCCCCCCUUGCAGCUUCUCUCUCCCUUUAGUGAUCCUCCACCCCCAUCUCCCAUCAUGUCCAGGACCUUCACUCGCGCUGAGGUGGCCAAGCACACCUCCGAGGAUUCCCUCUGGUGCAUUAUCGACCACAGCGUGUAUGACCUCACCGAUUUUCUAGACGCCCACCCCGGUGGCAGUGUAGUGCUCGCGCAGGUCGCCGGUAAGGACGCCACGGCUGACUUCUACAACCUCCACCGUCAAGAGGUCAUCGACAAAUACCGCGAGGAUCUUUGCAUCGGCACGAUCGAGGGCGAAACCCCCGAAGUCAUCAUCCCGGAGCCCGGUAGUCUUAGCCCUGUCCCCUACGCGGAGCCGCUAUGGUUGCGUCCGGGUUUCAAGAGCCCGUACUACAAGGAGAGCCAUCGACGUUUACAGCGCGCGAUCCGCGAGUUCACAGAUCUGUACAUUACCCCUGAGGCGCAGGAGAAGGAGAAGGAUGGCACCUACAUCAGCCAGGGGUUGAUUGAUAAGAUGGCAGAGACGGGGAUUUUGGCCAUGCGUCUGGGACCGGGAAAACAUCUCCAUGGACGGACGCUGCUGGGAGGCGCCGUGGAUGGGAAGGAGUUUGAUUACCUGCAUGACUUGGUUCUCGCACAAGAGAUAGUCAGGAGUAAUGCUAGAGGCUUUCAGGACGGCAACAUGGCGGGUAUGGUUAUCAGCUUGACUGCCGUUCAGCAGUGGCUGCGCAACGAACCGCUCCGCGCCCAGGUCACGGAAGAGGUUCUCUCCGGUAAGAAGAAGAUGUGUCUUGCGAUUACGGAAGCCUUUGCCGGUAGCGAUGUCGCUGGCCUGAGGACUACAGCGGAGAAGACCCCCGAUGGAAAAUACUACAUUGUCAACGGUACCAAGAAAUGGAUCACCAACGGCAUGUUCGCCGACUACUUCGUGACCGGUUGUCGUACCGAAAAAGGCUUCUCCGUGCUCCUCAUCCCGCGCGGGGAGGGGGUCGAGACGAAACAGAUCAAGACCUCCUACUCCACCGCCGCGGCUACGGCCUUUGUGCAAUUCGAGAAUGUCAAGGUGCCCGUGGAGAACCUCCUCGGCGAAGAACACAAGGGUUUCAUCGUGAUCAUGAGCAACUUCAACCACGAGCGAUAUAUGAUGGUUUGCUCCGUCACCCGCAUGUGCAUGACGGUGGUCGAGGAGUGCAUGAAGUGGUGCAACCAACGCCUCGUGUUUGGCAAGAAAUUGAUCGAACAGCCGGUGAUUCGACAAAAACUUGCCCGCAUGAUUUCUCUCUGCGAGUCCAACCAGGCCUGGCUGGAGUCGAUCGCCUACCAAAUGUGCAACAUGACUUACGCCCAGCAGUCCGUCCAUCUCGGCGGGCCUAUCGGUCUUCUCAAGUCCCAUGUCACCCGGUCCGCUCAAGAAAUCGCCGAACAGGCCACGAACAUCUUCGGUGGGCGUGGUUUGACCCAGACCGGAAUGGGACGAGUCAUUGAGAUGUUCCACCGAACCUACAAGUUCGAUGCUAUCUUGGGUGGAACUGAGGAGAUUCUGGCGGACCUGGGUGUUCGCCAGGCGAUGAAGAACUUUCCCAAGGCGAUGUUGUAGAUCUUGCAGUGACUGGAGUGUUAGAAUAAUAUAAAAGAAUAAAAAGACUAUUAAACUUAA